GAAAAACUCUAGAGAAUUCUGGGAAACCAUCAGAACAAUUAUCGUUAAAAAUAGAAGAAAAACGACAAAAUCAAAAACUUUCAUUCGAACAACAACAGAAAGAGCAACAAAAACAAAAAAAUUAUGAAAUAAAAAGUAAAACAAAAAGUUAUUCUUUAUUAGCAACUGAAAAAAUGAAAUCCGCCAUUUUAUAUCCAUACGGACCAUUAAGUGGUUCCGGUUGCUGCCGAACAUUGCAUGCUAAACAUUUGGCAAUGGCAAGUGCAGUUUACACAUUUAACAUUUCAAUAUUGAUAGUUUUAUUGUAUGCGUGGCGAAUUAGUGUAAAUGUAAAACGUUCUGAUGACUUAGAGGACGUUUAUUAUGGUGUUCAAAUCGCUUAUAUUGCAAUUAUUGGCACACAAAUGUCAAUGAUUAUUCUUAGCAUUAUGUUGAUGUUCGGUAUUUAUAAGGAAAAUUCUGGUCUAAUAGUGCCUUGGAUAAUUGGAUUUAUUACAUUUAUGGCAUUAGAAGCUGUAGCAAUGGUUUAUUCAAAUGUCCUGCGGGAUCAUGUAAAUAGGCAAUUCGACACAAUGUGUAAAGCUGAGGUGGCCUUUUUUAUUGCCAGAGCAUUUAUUAAUGUAUUUGCAAUGUUCGGUGUUAUGAGAUUUUAUAAUUUACUGCGGGCUGGUAUCACAUGGAAAGGACCUGAAGUGAUAGAACUAUGAUAUAACGCCAAUACACAAAGUAAUUUUAGAGCAUACCUGCAAGAUAACACUAGAAAAGGUAUAGGAAAUGGUGAUAAUUGCUGUUAUGAAUAUUAUUAUGAUGAUAGUGAUGAUACAGCAUUAGAAGAUUGUGAUGACGAUAUUGAUUAUGACGACAAUGAUUGUGAUGACAUUGAUUAUGCUAAUGACUAUAAUAAUUUGGUACACUCGAAUGAUGCUGAAACUGAUUUAGAUUACAAUGGAAACAACGGUGGUGGUGGUUGUGGUGAAGCUAAUUAUAAUGGCAAUAGUGAUAGAACAUUUUUUUAUAACUAUUGUGGAAAGCAAGAAAAUCAUCAAUAUUUAAAUAACAAAUCUGUUUUCUCAUCAAAUAAAUAUAAUAAUUAUAAUUAUAUUAAUAGUAGUAGUAAUUGUAAUAAAAAUAGUUUUACAAUAAAUUCAAACAGUAGAGGCGUUAAUUUAGCGGUCGGUGUGUUACGUAGUAUAAGAGGAAAAUAUAAAAAAUCAUUUAAUAGUUCAGGUAACAAAUCUAAAUUAUCAAAAUGGCAACACCAAAAGAAUGUUAGCUCAAAAUAUUGUAGUAAUCAAUAUCAUUCACAUUAUGGACAUCAAUCAACAAAAUUGGAUGUUAUUGAUGAGACUGGAAAGAGUAACGCUGGCAGUGGUAGCGACGAAGAUGAUUCAUUAUUAGUUGCCUAUGAUAGAAGCAGUAAUAGCAAAAUACAAACGGUUUGACAUUUGAGUUAUUUUCGUAAUAUAUUGCAGGCUGUUCUUAUGGGUUUUUUAAUUGGAGCUCAAAUUUAUGCUCAAAUUGUUUUAAUAAUUUAAUUGACAUAUGCAUGUACAUGUAUGUAUGUAAAUAUAAUUAUGUAUAUAGAUAUCAGUGUUACCUUGCAUAUUAAUUUAUUUAUAUGUAUACAUAAAAUUGCAUAAAAAGCUUUUCUUUGUUUUUGUAUUAUAUUUUGCAUACAAUAAGUUGGUUAUGUGAUGGCAUCGAAUUUCACACGUCGAGUUUUCGGCGGAAAUGUGUUUCUUAAUGCUGCGGAAGUGUAAUUACACUAUUUUUAGAGAGAUGUCUGUGGGUCUGUCCGUCUGUCUUAUAUUUGAGUGUUCAACUUUAAGAUAUGUUAGGUCUUUUUAACUCGAUUUUUACUAGGGGCCGAUUUUAUGUAUUUAACUGUAUCCAUAAAACAGUACGAGAAAAUAACAAACUUUUAGAAAAAAUCAGGUGGCAGCAACUUCAUGAUUUAUAUUUCUCCAUAUAUAAAAGGAAACAACGAACCGAUUUCCUUGAAAUUUAAUAUAUGAGUUCAUGAUAAUAAAUUGAAAAAAAUUGUAAAAAAAAUAUCAAGGUACAAAUUGUAAAAAAUCUGGAGAUAUAAGGGUAUGAAAACCGAACUAUUUUUUUGCUUAUCUAAGGAACUAAUUAACGAAAUUUUUUGAAAUUUCAUAUGUAUUUGAACUCUGUUUGCUACUGGAAGCAACUUUUAGGGAAUCCAAAUAACAUAAAUUAAAACUUUAAUAAGAGCCAAAUUCACAUUUUUCUUUUUUAUCUUUGUUAUCUAACAGUUUAACAGGGUCGUUAAAAUUUGGAAGAAGUAUUUGAAAGACAUUUUCAGAAUUUUAUGAAAAGUUUUCGCUAAACUGAACAGUGCACCUUGCGGGUCCGUUAAAUGGGCUGACCACAUCAGAUUUUUUUAUUUUUCUGUUGUAUUCAAUAGAAGAUAAUUUUUUGUGCAAUUUAUCAAUUCCACCAAAUCCAUUAAUUAAUAUUUCAAAAACAAUUAUUACAUUUUUUUAUUGGAUUAAAUUCUAAUUUGGUUAUAAUAAAUUUUUGAUUAAGAUAUCCAAUAUUCAUUAAAAUGUUUAAAGUGCUGUAAAAUUUUGUGUGUUGAAACAAAUUUUUGAAAAUGAAAAGAUUUGUAAAUUUAGCGAUCCUUUCGGGUAUAUUAAAUAUUAUUUUCAAAUACUUCAUUUUGUUUAAUACUUCAUUAAUUAAAUUUAUUAAAAAUUUUGUCUUUAACUCACAAUUACUAACAAAUAGAUAUUGAAAUCGAUUUUUAUACGAUUAUAAUCGAAAUAUCUACUUAUAGAACCUCAAUAAACAUGAAAGUGUAAAGUAUUAAAAUAAGGUGCCCACAAAGAAUAAACAAAAUCUUGCUAAAAAUUUUCAAAUUCAAUAAAAUUCAAAAGAAAAACUGAAAUUUACAUAUUUUGAAAAAUAAAACACUUCUACAUUUUCGAACUCCCAUUUUUGAAAUUUCCUACAGAGUACUUAAUUAUCAAAUGUAAUACAUUAAAUAAGAUCUGAAUCACAAAAAGCAAACCAUCACAAUCAUCAAAAUACAAGUUAUAUUAAAAAUUGCACUAUUUUUUCAAACAAAUUAUGCUUCGCUAAAGUCUUAAGUCUAAAAAUUUCAUUCAUUCAUUCACAA